UUUGUUUUGAACCAUUUAAAGUAAGCUUUAUUUUGAAAGAUAAAUCUUCUCUUUAAAACUUUAUUUUGAAAGUUUCUGAUGGUCUCUGGUCUGGUUCUGCAGACCGACAUGAGCUGCUUCCCGUUCCUCCGGCUGAUGAUGGUUCUGUUCAACCUGCUGGUUUCUCUCGGGGGUCUGGUCCUGCUGGCCGGGGGGAUCUGGGUCAGCGUGGACGGCAGCUCCUUCCUCCACAUCCUGGGUCCGUUCUGCAGACAGGUCCAGCUCUUCGUCAACACGGGCUUCUUCUGCGUCUCYGUCGGCACCGUCCUGGUUCUGCUGGGCCUCCUGGGCAGCUGUGGGGCCCGGAAGGAGAGCAAGUGUCUGCUGGUCGCUUUCUUCUCCAUCAUCCUCAUCAUCGUCAUGGCUGAGGUCGCAGCUGGACUCGUGGCGCUCAUCUACUCCUCGUUGGCUGACAGGAUCCUGGAAGCGUGGGCGACUCAGGCGUUACAGAACAGCUACGGUCUGGACCCCAAGGUCACAAAGAUCUGGAACUCCACCAUGACUGAGUUCAGCUGCUGCGGGUUCUCUGGACACGCCGACUUCACGGGCUCCGAGUUUCAGGACCAGAACCAAGACCAGCUGCCGCCCAGCUGCUGCUGGACCAACACUGCCCCCUGCAGGCCAGAGGAGGCGGAGCUUCUACCUGUGCAGGGCUGCUCCAGACCGGUUCUGAAGCUCCUYAGGGAGCAGAGCCACGUGGUCGGAGGCGUGGCCGCCGGGGUGGCGGCGCUGGAGGUAAACACUUCCUGUUUGAAGGAAUCAGCUGAUCGGAGACUAGAACCUGUUCUCCUGUUUCCACAGGUGGCAGGUCUGAGCGUGUGCACGUACCUGUACACUCACCUGGACAGGAAGAGCAGCUGACAGCAGCCGAAGACUGCUCCAGAUCUUCAGCUGGACUCAGGUCCUUCACUGAUUAGUUUGUUUACUUAGAAUCAUUGUUUAAAAGCUGAUUAAAGUCUUGUGAAGUUCAAAGACUUUUAUCAAAAUAAAAUGCAGAAACGAGAAAAACAAAAAACUCUGCCUCCGAUUUAAAACAGUCGUUUCACCUGUGUGUGUGUGUGUGUGUGUGUGUGUGUGUGUGUGUGUGUG